AUGGAGAAGCUUAACGAUGACAGGAAGACGGACGAUUACCGUGAAGGCGAACUGAAGCACGUUGAAGAUGCCCAGAUUGCUACUGACAAAGAGCAUAAUCUCACGCUCGUCGAAGCCCUGCGAGCUUAUCCAAAAGCUAUAAUAUGGUCCAUUUUGCUCUCUAGCGCCGUGAUAAUGGAAGGGUACGAUACGAUUCUGAUUGGAUCGUUUCUUGCCUCUCCCAGCUUCGUUAACACUUUUGGCAAUACUGGCUCUGCUGCUGAUGGGACGCUGACCAUUACCGCCUCCUGGCAGAGUGCAGUUGCGAACGGCGCUUAUAUUGGUGAGAUCCUUGGUCUCGCCGUUACCGGCAUACUCGUAGACCACUAUGGCAACAAAGCUGUGAUGACUGGCGCAACUAUCUUGAUGAUCGGCUUCAUCUUCUUCUCAUUCUUCGGAGAGAGUCUGGCUCUGCAAUUGGUUGGACAGAUUCUCUGCGGCAUCCCAUGGGGUGUCUAUCAGACGGUGACUUGCGUAUAUGCAUCAGAAGUACUCCCCAUCAACUUGAGAGGGUACUUGACGUCCUAUGUGAACUUAUGCUGGGUCAUAGGACAAUUCAUUGCAUCUGGCGUGCUGGUCGGCGUGGAGAACCGUACCGAUGUCUGGGGUUGGAAAAUACCUUAUGCCAUCCAGUGGGUCUGGCCACUACCUAUUAUCGCUGUGUGUUUGCUAUGCCCUGAGAGUCCCACUUGGUUGGUUAAGCACAACAAACUCGAACAAGCAGAGCGAGCUUGUGCGAGGCUGCAGUCCGCUUCAUCCAAGGCUGCCAUACCCACCCCACGUGAGACUGUUGCACUACUCCAGAAGACUGACGCUAUCGAGCGAGAAAUCUCCGGCAGUUCCAGCUAUAUCGAGUGUUUUCGAGGAUCCAACUUGAGAAGGACCGAAAUAGCGACUGCUACUUGGACGAUUCAGCAAAUGUGCGGUCCGGUGCUCCAGACCUUCGCCACCUAUCUCUUCAUUCAAGCUGGGCUCAACUCGAGUACUGCAUUUGACAUGACGUUGGGGUUGUACGCGAUUGCAUUCGUUGGAACGGUCCUUUCUUGGCCAAUGAUCGCUCGCUUCGGCCGCCGCACGAUCUUCCUGGCAGGUCUGGUAGGCAUCUUCGUCUGCCUUUUGAUUGUUGGUCUCGUUGGGAUUGCUCCAGCCAGUAACAGCUCAGCUUCCUGGGCCGCCGGAGCUUUUCUGCUGGUGUUCACGUUCAUAUACGAUUCGACGGUCGGCCCACUCACUUAUGUCAUCGUCCCCGAAGUCUCAUCAUCUCGGCUUCGCCAUAAGACAACUGUUAUUGCACGCAACGCUUACAACAUAACCUGUAUCUGGACUGGUGUCCUGACACCAUACAUGCUAAACCCAACAGCCUGGAAUUGGCAAGCCAAAGCAGCGCUCUUCUGGGCUGGUAUCACGGCCUUGUGCAUCGUAUGGGUGUGGUUCCGGCUUCCUGAGACCAAGGACAUGACCUACGCUGAGCUUGACUUGAUGUUCGAAAAGGGUGUACCUGCCAGGAAUUUCAAGAGAGCUGAAGCUCAGGGCAUGGCUGCGGAUAUGUUCAGGGAGACUCGGCGUGGCUCGUUGUAG